AUGGCGGUACGGGGUCUAUGGGCGGCGCGGUGCGGGCCGCGCCUCCUGGCCUCCCGCGCCGCAGGGGAGGGCAGGGCAUGGCUGCAUCCUUUCAGCACUGCCACCCAGAGAACUGCUGGUGAGGACUGUGCUUCUGAGGACCCUCCUGAUGAGCUUGGACCCUCUCUUGCUGAACGAGCCUUAAGGGUAAAAGCUGUUAAACUGGAAAAGGAGGUCCAGGAUUUAACAGUACGAUACCAGAGAGCUGUAGCUGACUGUGAAAACAUACGGAAGAGAACCCAGAGGUGUGUGGAAGACGCCAAGAUAUUUGGAAUCCAGAGUUUCUGUAAGGACUUGGUGGAGGUGGCAGACAUCUUGGAGAAGACCACAGAGUGCAUUUCCAAGGAAUCAGAACCUGAGGACCAGAAGCUCACACUGGAAAAGGUCUUCCGAGGGUUGUCACUUCUAGAAGCAAAGCUGAAGAGUGUGUUUGCCAAGCAUGGCCUGGAGAAGCUGACCCCCAUUGGCGACAAGUACGACCCUCACGAGCAUGAGCUCAUCUGCCAUGUGCCAGCCGGUGUGGGGGUGCAGCCCGGCACCGUGGCCUUAGUGAGGCAGGAUGGCUACAAGCUGCAUGGCCGCACCAUCAGACUCGCCCGGGUGGAGGUGGCGGUGGAGUCUCAGAGAAGACUGUGAGAAGGCCCUGGAAGCUCUGCUUAUGGGAGCCAAAGGUCCUCCCAGAGUGCGGUCACCUGUGUUUCUUUUAUUUAUUAAACUAGGUUUGUAUUGUACAUGAGGUACUUCAUGUGAUAUGCUUUGGAUUUAGUCAUAUUGGCUUUAUUUCUAAGAUAUUCUAUUGAUUUAAUGUGACCUAUGUGGUCUCAUCAGAAGUCAUGCCAUUGGGCAUUUGAACAGUGUGACAAGUGUUUCUAUGGCCUUUAUCAAAGCAUGUUUAGGAAAAUUAUUUUUUGAAUUGAUACUCUGAUGACUUGGAAUCCAAAAUUCUUUUAACUUUGUAUUUUCAACUAAAUGUUCCUUUCUAGCAGGCCCUAAAACCAGAAUUGCACGGUGGCUUGUAUUUUGUGGAGAAAGGAGAUGGUAGAGAUUGGUUCAGCAUUUGGGUACUGAGGUGAUAAAACCUUCCAGUUGUAUAACUGCAGGUCAUUUGGGUUGAUUUGUAUACACACAGGCUUUCAGGACUUUCAUUUUCGUUUCUGAUAUUCCUUUAAGCCUCAUCUCUGCAGAUGGGCUUCAUACUCACAUGUCCCAUGCCUACCCCUUCUGCUUCCCACUUGCAGGGGCCGAAGGCUCAGGCGAAAUGAGGAGGCAAGGACCCCUGAGCAAUCCUGGAUCCCAGCCCUCCAAGCAGGGGUGACCAGAAGACCAUGGGCUUUCUUUGCGCUGAGUUACCUGCGUGUUAUUUUCAGCCUCCCUGGGUCUAUGAUCAUCUCAGGCAGAUGAGGCAGCACUGGUAGCUGAGAACCCAAAUGGGGCUGUACAGGUAACUUACCUGCCAUGUCUCAUCCACUAGCUGCUCUUCUGCCCCUUUGUCAUAUUUGCCUUGUAAGCCUUUAUCAGAUGAUGAGGGAAGGUGAUCAGGAUAGAAAUUUCUGGUUUCAUUUAGUUAUGCAGGAAUUUUUUUUUUUUUUAAGUUUCUUCCUGUCCUGGUUACUGAUUAUGUAUUCAUUGUGAUAAAGAACACUUAACAUAAA